AUGUGUACCCUAUUUUGGACUGUUGAUAAUCAUCCAAAAUACAAAUUCGUAUUUGCAGCAAAUCGAGAUGAAUAUUUAAAAAGACCGACUCUAUUGGCAUCUUGGUGGAAUCCAAAUAUUUUAUCAGGUCUCGACUUAUUGGCAUCAGAUCAGGGAACUUGGUUAGGAAUAAAUCGUUAUGGUAAAUUUGCAGCUUUAACAAAUUAUCGUGAUGAUCAUCCACCACCAAAAUUAUUAUUAUCUCGUGGUAAUAUCGUUAGAUCAAUUCUUGAAACUGAAGAUCCUCUACAUGAACAAUUUGAAAGUUUUUUAAAUCGGUCUGAUAAAUAUGGUGGAUUUAAUCUGAUUGCAUCAGAUUUAAGUCUUCCUAUACCAACAAUUAAUUAUUUAGCUAAUAGAGGAAAUAUUGGAAUUAAAGAAUUGAAUAAAGGUGAAAUUUAUGGAUUAAGUAAUAGUAGACUAGAAAAUCCUUGGCCUAAAGUUGCUGUUGGUAUAAAUGAAAUGCAAUCAAUUCUUAAAGAAUCUACUAACGAAUCUGAUCUUGUGAAUCGUUUAUUUAACUUACUCAGUGUACCAUACAAACCCAUGACGACGAGUCUCCUUGAAAAAGAAAAUUAUUUAAAUUAUUCAACGUUUUCAAUUAGAAUACAGAAACAUGAUCGGGGUGGAUCCUAUGCUACACGUACAUCAACUAUUAUACUUGUGGAUCGGGAUAAUAAUGUUUUAUUUGUAGAAAAAAAUUUAUUUGACGAAGAUGAAAAAGUAAUAUCCAAUGAUGAAGGACAAUGGUUUAGAUUUAAAUUUGGUGAUUUAGAUAUUAAUUGUGCACCUAACUCCGCUCAUGAUUUGCAGAGUACCGACUUAUUGAAAAUAAUUACUUUCAAUCUACAUCAAUCUAUAAAAAUUUGGGUAUAUAAUGAUAAGAAUUAUCCUUCAGUUUUAUGGUUUAAAGUUUAG